UUUUCUAAAACAUCUUCAGAUGCAUCAGAUGGUUCAAGUGAAGUGUGCUUUCUUAUUGUCACAUGACUCAGCUUUUUGUUUGGUCUGUUUGUCUGUCCAGAACUCCCACUGCAUUAUGUCAGGACAGAUGAGGAGGUUCUGACUGACCACCAGCUCUGGAACCAGGAGAGGACCUCCAGUUUGGAGCAGGAACAAGCAGAACCUUUACAGGAGGGACCAGAACCUCCACAGAUGAAAGUGGAGCAGGAUGAGCCAGAACCUUUGCAGAUUGUAAAACAAGAGGAGCUCUGCAUUAGUCAGGAUGAAGAGCAGUGUGUACUGAAGCAGGAGACGGUGACCUCCCUUGUGACUCCUGCUGGUGAGGAAAGAGACCACAAUGAAGCAGAACCAGACAGACACCAACUCCUUUUGUCACUGUUUCCUGAGGCUGAGAUCAGAGCUGCUGCUGCUCCGGGGUCAACAGAACUUCCACAGCAUCAUACCUGGGAAAAAGAUGUUCUGACUGACCAGCAGCUCUCUGACCAAGAGUCAACCUCCACUUUGGACCAGGAGGAACCAGAACAUCCACUGAUCACAGAGGACCAGCCAGAACUCUAUAUCCAUCAGCAUGAAGGGCAGUUCCUAUUGAAGCAAAAACAUGUAAUCUUCGUGGAGACUUCUCCUUCUAACGAAACAGACUGUCAUGAUCCAGAACCCAACAGGAACCAGCCCUUGAGUCAGAAUUCUACAGAAGCAGAGAACCAAGAUCAGGGUGGAUGCAGGAAAGAAAACUCAGAAUCAAACAGCAAUGAAGAACUGACACGUAAUAAAAGACGUCUGCGAAGCGAAGAUCACGGAGACAAUGUAGAUGUUCAGACACUAAAAAAGCACAAGAGGGCUCACAUAGGUGAGAGGCCAUUUUAUUGUAAGCUCUGUGGAAAAUCUUUCAGUCACAAGUGUUUUUUAUGUCGUCACAUGAGAACUCACACAGGUGAGAAGCCAUAUCCAUGUAACACUUGUGGUAAAUGUUUUACUGCCCGUAGUAGCUUGACUAAACACAUGAGAACUCACACAGGUGAGAAGCCAUAUCCAUGUAAAACUUGUGGUAAAUGUUUUACUGACAGUGAUAGCUUGACUACACACAUGAGAACUCACACAGGUGAGAAGCCAUAUCCAUGUAAAACUUGUGGUAAAUGUUUUACUGCCCGUAGUAGCUUGACUAAACACAUGAGAACUCACACAGGUGAGAAGCCAUAUCCAUGUAACACUUGUGGUAAAUGUUUUACUGCCAGUAGUGGCUUGAUUUAUCACAUGAGAACUCACACAGGUGAGAAGCCAUAUCUAUGUAACACUUGUGGUAAAUGUUUUACUUACAAUAGUGACUUGACUUAUCACAUGAGAACUCACACAGGUGAGAAGCCAUAUCCUUGUAACACUUGUGGUAAAUGUUUUACUGACAGUAGUGGCUUGACUAAACACCUGAGAACUCACACAGGUGAGAAGCCAUAUCCAUGUAAAACUUGUGGUAAAUGUUUUACUGUCAGUGGUGACUUGACUAAACACAUGAGAACUCACACAGGUGAGAAGCCAUAUCCAUGUAACACUUGUGGUAAAUGUUUUAGUGACAGGUGUGGCUUGAUUUAUCACAUGAGAACUCACACAGGUGAGAAGCCAUAUCCAUGUAACACUUGUGGUAAAUGUUUUAGUGACAGUAGUGGCUUGACAAAACACAUGAGAACUCACACAGGUGAGAAGCCAUAUCCAUGUAAAACUUGUGGUAAAUGUUUUACUGACAGUAGUGGCUUGUUUUAUCACAUGAGAACUCAACACAGGUGAAAAGUGUUUUCCAAGUUUGGUCUGUAUGAGAUUCAGCCAGAUAUUUUCUUUAACUUCUUGUGAAAAUUCACACGAGUUUGUAUACAUUAAAAUGUAUGGUUUUUUUUUUCUUAAAGUUGAGAAGAAUUGAGAUUUUGACUACAUUUAGUUACAUAUACCUUAGGCAUAAACUAGCCCAGUGUGACGCAUGUACAGAAAUAUUUUUAGCAUGAGCGUUGAUGGAAAAAGUAUAAAAAAAGGCAAAAUUGCUUUUUAUGUCAAAUUGUGGACUCUUUUUACAUUUAAGCCCUAAGUUUAAGGUGUGGUUGACUGACUAAAAAAAUAAUAAAAUUUUUUUGUAAUUAUAAUUGAUCACUCUGAGUUUUUCAUGCAGGCUGAACAUGAAAAUAGUCUCCUACACAUUUCUCCUGCAUUAGCUUCUGAUAGAAAAUAGAAGAUGAAACUCAUGUAUUUGAAAAUCCUCACAGAUCUAUGUCACACUGUGAAUUAUCAUUCAUGGACUUGACGAUCUUGAUUCACGACAGGGAAGACUGUUGUUGUUUUAACAUCCGGUAAUCAGCAGUGGACGUCUCGGCUAGUUUAAGCUAAAUGUCAGCAUUAGCAACUACACCUCACAGCUGGAGGUCCUCCAGGUUCAUGUAUUUUGAGAGAUAAAAUAUCCAUGUUGCAAGUCAGUGGUAGAGUUGCAUUGCUGUUAUCCAAUCCGGGGCGAGAUGUCCACAUAUCUGGAAAUAAGACUCCACAACCCACCGUUUAAAGCUCAGCUGAUAAGUGGGAAUGUUUUAGGUAUGAGAAAUGGUGCAACAGUAUAUUUGUUCCCCCUGAGAACCAUUUACGAGAUAUUCAAUCCUACUAGAGACCACUGCACUGAAAAAAAUGUGUCACCCACUCAUUGAACACAUACGCUAAUUCCAAAGCUCU